AUGGUCGACGCGAAGGCGCAAAAGCGGGCCAAGUUCGAGGCGUCUUCCCCGUUCUCCGCGACGAGCUCCUCGCCUACCUCAAGCAUGAAGGCAUGCCCACCGACGCCGUCGAGUGGUUCAAGCGCGUACGUCCUCUCCCGGACCUCCUCUCUCGCCCGCUCUCACCCUCUGCGCCAGAACCUGGACUACAACACUCCCGGUGGCAAGCUCAACCGCGGCAUGUCCGUCGUCGACUCCGCCGAGAUCCUUAAAGGCCGCGAGCUCUCCAAUGACGAGUACUUCAAGGCCGCCCUUCUCGGCUGGUGCGUCGAGCUCCUCCAGGCCUUCUUCCUCGUCUCGGACGACAUGAUGGACCAAUCCGUCACCCGCCGUGACCAGCCAUGCUGGUACCGCGUCGAGGGUGUCUCCUACAUUGCCAUCAACGACUCGUUCAUGCUCGAAGGUGCCAUCUACUUCCUCCUCAAGAAGCACUUCCGCGCCGACCCUUGCUACGUCAACCUCCUCGAGCUCUUCCAUGACACGACGUUCCAGACCGAGAUCGGGCAGCUCAUCGACCUCAUCACCGCGCCAGAAGACAGCGUUGACCUCUCCAAGUUCUCGCUCGCGAAGCACCAGAAGAUCGUCAUCUUCAAGACCGCGUACUACUCCUUCUACCUCCCCGUCGCCCUCGCCAUGCACCUCUGCAGCAUCCCCCAAUCCGGUUCCUCUUCCUGUCCCUACGCCCUCGCCGAGUCCAUCCUCGUCCCUCUCGGCGAGUAUUUCCAGGUCCAGGACGACUUCCUCGACUACGCCACGCCACCCGAGAUCCUCGGCAAGAUCGGAACGGACAUCGUCGACAACAAGUGUUCCUGGUGUGUCAAUACCGCGCUCGCGCUCGCUAGCCCGAGCCAGCGCGCGGUCCUCGACGCGAACUACGGUCGCAAAGACCCCGCGGCCGAGGUGCGUGUCAAGGCGCUCUACGAGGAGCUCGGGAUUCGCGCGCGGUACGCCGAGUACGAGGAGGCGGCGUACAAGCGCAUCAUCGGGCUCAUCGAGACGAUUCCCGCGGAGGGGCGCGCGUUUGAUGGCGGGAUCACGCUGAGGAGGGAGGUGUUCAAGGCGUUCCUUGACAAGAUCUACAAGCGGCAGAAGUAG